AUGAAGCGCUCUCUGUGGCGGCUCUGCCAGUCGCGGGAGAAGGCGGCCGGGUCCAGCGCCUACCAGGGCGUCGUCUGCGAAGCGGAUGCCGCCUCCGUCGCCUCGCAGGAUGUCUUCAAGGUGAUUUCAGAUGGAAGUGCCUGUAGGCUGCGGAGCUUCAUUAAGAAGAAUCGUUCUGGACUUACCAAAGUGGAUGAAUUAAAUGCCACCCCACUGCAUCAUGCUGCAGAAGGAGGUCAAAUAGAAUUAAUGCAGUUGAUUAUAGAUGAUUCGUCCUGUGAAGUAUUAAAUGUGAUGGAUUCUUCUGGAAAUACCCCACUGCACUGGGCCACAAAGAAAAACCAGGUUGAAAGUGUUAGUUUACUUCUCAGUAGAGGAGCCAAUCCAAACAUUCUCAACUCCAAUAUGAUGGCACCUUUGCAUAUGGCUGUACAGUCCCUGCAUAAUGAAAUUGUUAAGAUUUUAGUCCAGCAUAGCAGUACAGAUGUUAAUUUGGAAGGUGAAGCAGGAAACACACCUAUAAUUGUAGCAUGUUACAAGGAUAAUCCCGAAGCACUGACACUCCUGAUUGAAAAUGGUGGGAAAAUAUGUAAACCAAACAAAACAGGAUGUAUGCCCAUCCACGCUGCUGCAUUUUCAGGUGCAAAAACAUGUAUGGAAAUUCUUUUAAAAAAAGGUGAAGAAUUGGGUCAUUCUGCUAAAACCCACAUCAAUUUUACCAAUAAUGGGAAGUGCAGUCCACUUCAUUUGGCAGUUCAAAGUGGGGACUUAGAAAUGAUUAAAAUGUGCAUUGAAUUUGGAGCCCAAAUUGAUCUAAAACAGAAUGAAAAAUGUACGGCACUUCAUUUUGCUGCCACUCAAGGAGCAACUGAGAUUGUGAAGUUAAUGAUGUCAUCCUAUGCUGGUGAAGAAUCCAUUAUUGAUGCUGUUGAUGGGAAUAAGGAAACAUUGCUUCACAGGACGGCCUUGUUUGAUCAUUAUGAACUGGCAGAGUAUUUGAUUUCGAUGGGAGCAAAUAUUGAUAGUGUUGACAUAGAAGGUCGAUCCCCGCUUCUGUUGGCCACUUCUUGUGCAUCAUGGAAAAUUGUGAAUUUACUGCUCUCAAAAGGAGCAAAUGUAUCAUUAAAAGAUCAUCUUGGUCGGAAUUUCUUGCAUUUGACGGUGUUACAGCCCGGAGGAUUACAGCAUCUGAAUGAGAAAUUUCUGCAGAUGGAACAUAUUAAAAAUCUUGUAGUGGAUGAAGAUAAUGAAGGAUGCACUCCAUUGCAUUAUGCAUGCAGACAAGGUGUGGCCCUCUCUGUAAAUAAUUUACUCAGCCUCAAUGUUUCCAUUUAUUCUAAGAGCAGGGACAAGAAGUCACCCUUACACUUUGCUGCCAGCUAUGGACGCAUCAAUACAUGUCAACGACUUAUAAGAGAUAUGAAAGACACAAGACUUUUGAAUGAAGGUGAUAAGAAGGGAAUGACUCCCCUUCAUUUGGCAGCCCAGAAUGGUCAUGAGAAGGUAGUUCAGUUUCUUCUGAAGAGAGGGGCCCUUUUCCUCUGUGAUUAUAAAGGCUGGACAGCCCUGCACCAUGCUGCCUUUGGAGGAUACACUCGCACAAUGCAGAUAAUUUUGGAUACUAAUGUGAAGUGUACUGACAGAGUGGACGAAGAAGGGAACACAGCUUUGCACCUAGCUGCAAAAGAAGGACAUGCAAAAGCAGUAAGGUUACUUCUUGACUAUGGUGCAAAAAUUCUGUUGAACAAAGCAGUAGCUUCUUUUUUCCAUGAAGCAAUACACAAUAGGAGGAAAGACGUAGUAUCAGCUGUAAUCUUGCACAAAAGAUGGGAAGAAGCUGUUUUGACAUUCUCUCACUAUUCUAAUGCCAAUAAGUGUCCUUUGCUGGAAAUGGUUGAGUAUCUUCCUGAUUCCUUUAAACUGGUUUUGGACAACUGCAUAAUUGAGUCUUCAGAGGAAAAGACAAGUCGAGACUUUUAUAUUGAAUAUAACUUCAGAUAUCUUCAGUGUCCUCUGACACUUAACAAGAAAUUAAAGGAUGGUGAAGAUAUUUUCUACGAACCACUUGCCAUUUUAAAUGCCAUGGUACGUCACAAUCGCAUGGAGCUACUUAGUCAUCCUGUGUGCAAAGAAUAUUUGCUUAUGAAAUGGAUGGCCUAUGGGUUUAGAGCACAUCUGAUGAAUUUAGGCAUAUAUUCUCUUGGUCUCAUCCCAUUGACUCUUCUGGUCACCCAUAUACAGCCAGGAAGACCUCUGAAUGGAACAGAAAUCUAUGAAGCAAGACCAUUAGAAUAUGAGGACUCAUACUUCACAAGGGUGUGUAUGUGUUUAGUUUUAAUUAUGAGUUUACUGGGAAUCUGCAAAGAAAUAUUUCAGCUCAUUCAGCAGAAAUUGAAAUAUUUGUUGGAUUACUCCAAUCUACUGGACUGGACAAUUUAUACUACAAGCAUAAUUUUUGUGUCUUCUUUAUUUAUUAAUACACCAGCUCAUUUGCAGUGGGAAUGUGGAGCAAUUGCUGUAUACUUGUCUUGGAUGAACUUCUUGCUUUACCUUCAGCGGUUUGAAAAUUAUGGCAUUUAUGUUGUGAUGUUCUGGGAAAUUCUGAGGACUUUGAUUAGGAUUGCUGUCGUUUUCUUUUUCCUGAUAUUGGCCUUUGGAUUGAGUUUCUUUGUCCUUUUGGGUUCACAGCAAACAUACAGCACGCCACUGCUCUCUGUAAUGAAGACAUUUGCAAUGAUGCUGGGAGACAUAAAUUAUCAUGAUGCAUUUCUUGAUCCAUUACUGAGCAGUGAAUUGCCAUAUCCAUUCCUGAGCUACACAGUUCUCAUUAUAUUUACCUUGCUUAUUCCAAUCCUUCUUAUGAACUUGCUAAUUGGUUUGGCUGUUGGGGACAUAGCUGAAGUGCAAAAAUAUGCUGCACUCAAAAGGAUUGCAAUGCAGGUUAAUCUUCACACAAACUUAGAGAAGAAGCUGCCAUUUUGGUUCCUAAGUCGGGUGGACCAGGAAUCAAUCACCGUAUAUCCUAACAGACCAAGAUACUGUGGAUUUAUGAGUGUGUUCCAGUAUUGCUUUGGGUGUGAGGACUCUACCACAGAUGCUCAGAGCACAGAUACAACCUUAGAACUGGAAGUUCUGAAGCAGAAAUACAGGCUCAAAGAUCUAUCAACUCUAUUGGAAAAGCAACACGACCUCAUUAAACUGAUUAUACAAAAAAUGGAGAUAGUGUCAGAGGCUGAGGAUGAAGACAGCAAUGAUUUAUUUCAGCACAAGUUUAGGAAAAGGCAGUUAGAGCAUAAGAAUAGUAAAUGGGAUACAGUGUUAAAAGCUGUUAAAACAAAUGUGCCUAACCCAAGCACAGAAAAGAACAAUAGCUUCUUCUAG